AACUCAACAGAUCAUGUGACUGAGAGAGAAAUAAAGGGAAGGCGCCGUGAUCAGUGACUGCACACGGGCCCUUUCACCCUGCCGGCACCGGAGCAGCAGGACCGAAGAUGUGUACCAGGUGAGGUUCUGAUCUUGGUUUUGUUCAGGGGUGGUUUUGGCUCAGGGUUGUUCUUUUAAACGUGCAACUAUCUGCAACACCGCAUGAGCUUUGUGCAUGGAAGACAGCAGCAGAUAAGAGGAUUUAGUUAAACAGGCUUUUCCCUUUAUAUUUGUAUUUAGAGUCUUUUUUUAGUUUCAGUUUUUAACUCAGACUAAAUGAGUCAGUGAUAGUUUUUCUCAUGUCUUUGUCUUACUCGUGCAUUGCUGCUGAUGUGUAAUCUGACUCUCUCAUGUUGCAGACAGAAGCUGCUCUUUUCGAGAUUUAGUUUCCACUUUAAAGACUCAUCCCUUUUUUCUCCACUUUCAUUUUUGCUUAGCUUUUCUGUGUACGUGGCUGAUAUCACAUGACUCCACACUUUGUGCCACAGAGAGUAUGAAGUUUUUAUUUACCAGAAAUGAGCCAGUUGCACUAAGAUCUCAAAGGUCUUGUAGGUUUUCACACUUUGACCCACUCUGUUAUCAUUGACCUCCAUUAUAAAAACUGCUAUAAAGGCCUGAUUGUACUCUGUCUGGGGUAUGUAAGCUUCUCUGUCUGAAAUUGCUGACAUUGCCUUUUUAAAGGGGAAAUAACUCUUUGUUUCCUUUCUGUGUUUUGCUGUUUAGCGUUCAGCCCCUCGAGUGGACCGAUAACCUCAACAACCAGAAGUGAGUAUGAGGAGAAAUGAGAGUGUGAGGGAAAAGCACUUCAUGCUUUGCCAUCAUGGUGUCAGUGGAUAUAAUAGAUCUACACUACAUAUUUUUGAUGCUUCUGUACUCCUACUUUCAGUUUUGAUGGCAUCCUGUUGGUGACAGAGAAUCAUGACACUCUGCCAGCAGAGCUUGAGAGUCUGAAAGCCCCGCUCCAGGACUACAGCGCUGUAAGUUGCUCUGCAGUGUGUUUGUGUGCUCUUCUUGCCCCUGCAGCCAUUCAAACCAGCAAAGCAUAUUUCACCUUCUCUCUUUUAAAAAGGGUUGUUUUGAUUUGUGUUUCCAAUUGUCCAAAAGGUCACUCUGUUUGUUGUGUCAUAUGUUCUCUGAUGCAUCUUUGCUCUGUUGUCUCUCUCCCAACCUGUUCUCCCUCUUCUAGGUGGACAGCGGUCUGGGUGAGGAGGUGGUGGUCCUGAAAGUCCCUGACCUCCCUGGCAACCGCCUGGUGUUUGCUUCCACCGGCCCUGUAAACCGAGACUAUGAUGAUGUCAGGCGCUACGGUGAUGCAGCAUUUAAUGGCAUGCAACGGUCAGUGGAUGUCAGCUGAUAAUCUUCGCCUUUUAGAGUUUCAGGACGCUGAGUUAUUUCCAAGUUUCUUUGCUGCCUUGUUCAUCUACGUACAUGCAUCUUCUCAGGGCUUUAAAGGCUGGAAUGCAGCGCCCCCUGCUGGUCGUCCCUCCGAACAAAGAUUAUAAGAACAACCUCCUUGUGGCUGCACUUGGGGCCCUUCAGGCUCUCUACAUGGUAAGACAAGACACCUCUAUUGUUGCAGGGCCUGCAUUAUGUAACCAGACAUAUAAGAUCAGAGAACCACAAAUGCAUUAUAUAUCAAGUGCUAACUGCAGAGUUUCACAGCUUUGUCUGCAUGUAUCGAAAUAAACUGUAAGAGACCUCCAUGAUCCAGGCACAACAACUCAUCAGUUUUAAUUUGUGUCCAUCAUGAAGCCCCUGGAAGUGAGGGAGACCAAGGUCAAACCAGCUGACUGGAAGGUGUGUGUUCUGGGUCUGUGGGCUUCUAAGGGGCCCGAGGGGAGGAAACUGGUGGAGCUGGCUGAAGCUCUGGAGAGUGGACGGUGGGUCACACACAUCACAUGUCACUCACAGGAUUUUUUUUUUAUUUUGUGUUUUGUAGCCCUUUUUUAUUAGCCGUCCUGUUUCUCCUCAUCAGAUUGGUAUGUCGUGACAUCGGUGGUUCAGAUCCUGAGCGUAUGGCUGCCCCCCGUGUGGCCGAGUACGUCCAGGAGCUCUUCAAUAACAGCCCCGUGCAGGUUAUGAGGAAUAAAUAAUCAUAUAAGCAAAUAAAUAAUGUGAAUUAGUGUUUCUAUCAUGAACCAUUGACUGGUGGUCUUUUUAGAGAUGGAAUGGGACAGUUGUGUUUUUUCAAAAGUAGUUGGAUCCACUUUCUCUGGCCCUGUUUUUUUUAAAAAGUGCUUUAUUUUUGUUUUACCUGUAGGUGGAGGUGGUGAGUGAUCUGGCCGUCCUGGAGAAAGAAUAUCCCUGCCUGGCUGCAGUGAAUCGCUGUGCCAACUGUAGGAAAACAUAUUUUCUUAAAUAUGUGAUUUAGCUAUAGCAAGAUAAUUUAAUGCUGUGUUGUUGUUUUUUUUAAAAGAGAAAAGAUGUUUGUAUUUAUUUAAUGUCCUUCUUCAUGCAGCUGUGCCCCGUCACCAGGGCAGAGUUAUCAAGCUGCAGUACUGUGGAGAAGGACCAGUCACUAAGACACUCAUGUUGGUUGGAAAGGUGAGAGGAGAUUGCCUGAAUUUGGGGGGAAAAAUGCGAAUUCAGUGUGUUUUGGAUGAAAAAAAGGAUGGUGUCAGUGAUUUGCUGCAUAUAUGUGGAUCUUAAUGUGAAUUGGAGUCCAGGUAGAUGUCAAGGUACAUCAAUGAUGAACUUCUUGAAGUCACCCUUGAGUGAAGUUUCUCAUAGCAGAUCAUCAAAUGUUGCAAAAACUAUCUUUGCAGCCUUUUUUUUCAGCUAAUUGAGGAUGAGAUUUCAGAAAGGGAUGUUUGAUUUGUUUUUCAGGCAUUGAUCAAUAAUUUUAUUUUAUUUAUUUAUUUUUUUUUUACAUGAUUCUGACUCCUUGCAUAUUUCAAAUCUUUUCUUCUGUUUCCAGGGCAUCACCUAUGACACCGGUGGAGCAGACAUCAAGGCUGGUGGUAUCAUGGCCGGGAUGCACAGGGACAAGUGUGGAGCUGCUGCUGUUGCUGGCUUCUUCCAGGUGAGUCCUGCCUCUUUUAACUGAAGAACAAAUUCUUGCAGGAGCCUUUACAGCAGGUCCACACCUCAGGGAUUUGACUUCAUAUUCAGAACUUUAUGAUAUACAAAAUUGUAAUUAUCUUUCACUCAUUUGAAGAAAGUUCCACUGCUGCUCCCUUUAACCUCUUUAACUUCCUUCUCGUUCUCAAGAUUUUGGCCAAACUCAAACCACAGCACCUGAAGGUUAUCGGUGCCAUGGCCAUGGUGAGGAACAGUGUUGGCGCAGGUUGGUGUCAGAUGUUCUUUCCAGUUUUCAUUUUCAUUUUCCAUCAGGUCUAUGUUACAGCAACUCCCUUGAACUAAUUCACUGUGGGGUUUUUUGUUCCUUUGUGUUUCCUCAGAGUGCUAUGUGGCAGAUGAACUUGUGGUUUCCCGUGCUGGCCACAGAGUGAGAGUGGGAAACACCGAUGCUGAGGGCCGCAUGGUGAUGGUCGACCUUCUCUGUGAGAUGAAGGAGAAGGUGAAAACAUGCACUGGUUGAUUUUGAGUGUUAUUUUCUGCCUCUUCAUACACCGUAUUCUGAUCGUGAUGUGUGUGUCUGCAGGCUGUAAAUGAGACUUCUCCUCAGCUGUUCACCAUUGCUACUCUGACUGGUCACGCCAUCAGAGCUAUGGGACCUAACUACUCUGUAAGUACAGCUGAUUCAAAAUCAUGUAUAUUAAUACUGCCACCUGCUGAGAGAUGCUGGUGCUUACAUAUUUAAAAUACUGAGAGAGUCCUCUGCUGUGGGAAUCACUGUGUGUACUAAGAUCAGUUUUAUUUUAUACUUUGUAGAUCAUCAUGGACAAUGGACCUGCUCAUCGCAAUGACAAUGCUGCUCAGUGGCAGAAAGGUGAGAAAAUCUAAUGAAAAAAUGUAUUGUGUGAGGGUUUUUCCUUUUUUUUGGUCAUCAAAUGUUGUACAAAAUAUCCUGAAUUGAGGUUGUCUGGUAUUGUCAGAGUCUGUUUUGCUGACUAUUUUUGCCUUCCUAAAAUUUUCCUGUGUGAUCAACGAAGCUCUCUAGUUUUGCGGCAUUUCUACGCUUUUCCAGAGCUUUUAAAUGCACCUCACAGCUUUCAUAACAUAAAAAGCCAUAAUCAUUUCCUGUGCCAUCUCCUGUAAAAACAAGAGCAAAUACACCAGCUAAGAAGCAGUUUAAACAAAAAGGAAGAACUUUUGUCUUGAAUUAAGCCCUCACAUUCAAUUUGGUACCAUAUGUUGGCUUGCAGAGAUUGAUAUUGUGACUGAACCGUUGACAAAAACAAGUUUGAAUUUUUUUACUUAAUUUAUUCUGUCACUCCUAAACAUGUGUUCUGAUGUUUUUCACACAGCUGGUGAGGUUAUUGGUGACCUGUUUGAGGUGUCCAUGAUCAGAAGAGAGGACUACGAGUUCCACAAGGGCAAGUCUGAGUACGAGGAUAUCCUGCAGUCCAACAAUCUGCCUUCUUCUGCCACCCCUCGAGGACAUCAGACCCCUGCAGCUUUCCUCAUCAUGGCCUCUGGGCUUGACAAGGUGCUCAGAAGUCAUCAGAAGAGUUAUUUAUCUACAGAUGUUAAAGUUUUAAAAAAUACAUGCUGCAACUAACCUGUGUUAUCCCAUUCAUUUCCCUUGCAGCAUGGUGUGGAUUCUGACAGGCCUCUUCCAUACUCCCAUGUUGACAUCGCAGGAUCCAGUGGUCCCUUCCCUGGAAUCCCAACUGGAGCCCCUAUAAUUGCCAUGACAGCCAACUAUAUCUUGCCUUACCAUGAUGUGUGAGAAGACUACGGCCCUUGUUCUAAAUCCCAAAGAAAACGAUGAAACCAUCCAAGUACAGUUAAAAUCCCUGCCAAGUGUUGUGACGUAUUCAUGUACACAUCACUCUGCUUUUCAGCAAGAAUGUUUGCUGCUCUCUUUUCUAAGCUCUUAUGACCUUUACUCUAACUUCGCCCAGUGUCAAAGGGUAACAAGUGAUCUUAAUCAGUGCAUACUCAGGGGUUAAUGACAGUAUCGAUUUAACAUCAUUUGUAUACAGUAUGACUGUAUGUGUGACAAAUACUGAGUAUAUGGUUGUGUGACAAGAAGCCCUGUGUGUCAAACCAAGCACUCCUUUUUGAUCAUUUAAACAAUAAAAAAAUUUCAAAAAAA